UUGGCUCGCAGCCCUUUCUGGAUCGAGCCCGCACCCGUCGGGGCUGGCCUCCUCAGGCAUGGGAGGCGACGGCAAGAGCGGCAAGAAGGGCAAGACCAGCGGCGCGACAAAGGGAGCGGGAGGCGGAGGCGGCAAGGCCGGAGGAGGCGGCAAGGCCAGCGGGGGCGGCAAGGCUGGCGGGGAGGCUCGAGCAAAGGGCGGCGGAGGAGGCAAGGGCGGAGGGGCCGGACCCAGGGCUGCCCAGAGUGGCAGUGAUUCGUGGGCUGGUCAGACAGGCUGGUCAGAGCCUGCCUGGCAGCAUGGCGGCGGCUACUGGGGUGGCCAGGGCAGUGGCGGUUCCUGGGGCGGCCAGACCGGUGGCGGCUCUUGGCCCGACGCUGCCCAGACGGCGGCGGAUCGCAAGGCGGUGAAGAAGGCGGGGCGCCGCUCGGAGCAGAUGGCGAAGCUGGAGGCCAAGGGGGACGCCGAGAGCAGCUACUUCUGGGAGUGCAAGCGCCUGGCGGCCCGGGGCAAGGGCGGGCACGCGCCCAGCGUGGAGGACGCCGCGGAGCUCUUCGCGAAGCAGGGGACCUUCGCCAUCGACUUCGCCAAGUACGAGGCCGUCGAGGUGACCCUCUCUGGCCCCGGCUCCGAGAAUGCGAAGCCGCUCGAGGAUUUCCGGGACCUCGGCGCCUCCCUGCCCCCGUUCCUGAGCAGGAACGUUGAAUUGAUGCGGUACCGCGCGCCGACACCCAUCCAGAAGCAUGCGCUGCCUCUGUCGCUCAAGGGCAAGGACCUCAUGUGUUGCGCGCAGACGGGGUCUGGGAAGACUGCAGCGUUUCUCCUGCCCGUCGUGGCGUCGAUCGGUGCGCCAGGGAGAAAACCCGCCUUGCAGUGCGAUGGCAUCAAUGAGCCCGCUUUGCCUCGGUGCGUGGUCAUGGCCCCCACGCGGGAGCUCGUGCAGCAGAUCCAUGUGGAGGCCUUGAAGAUGUGCCACAACAGUGGUGGCUUGAAGGCCGUUGUGGUUUAUGGCGGCGCACAGGCGCGGCAGCAGCUCGCCGAUCUGGCUCGCGGGUGCGACAUCGCCGUGGCCACCCCAGGCCGCCUCACGGACUUUGUGGAUCGCGGCCUUGUGCAGUUGCGUCUCUGCGAGCACCUCGUCCUCGACGAGGCGGACCGGAUGUUGGACAUGGGCUUCGAGCCGCAGAUCCGGCAGUUGGUGCAGCGCCGCGACAUGCCAGCCGCCAAGGACCGGCGGACCUUGAUGUUCUCGGCCACGUUUCCAGCGGAGAUCCAGAAGCUUGCAGGAGAGUUCAUGAGACAGUAUAUCUUCAUAGCCGUUGGAAGGGUUGGUGGCACCACCGAGAACAUCGAGCAGCGCUUGGUCCUAGCCACUCCAGACAAAAAGCUUAAAUUCGAGCUCCUCACUGAGCAGCUCGAGAAGGUUCCAGGCAAGACGAUAGUGUUCGUCCAGAAAAAGCGCGUGGCUGCCCAGGUGCGUAAGUGGUUGAGGGCCGCGGGCGUGGGCGCAGAGGAGAUCCACGGUGACCGCAGCCAGAGCCAGCGGGAGGCAGCAUUGGCAGCAUUCAGGAGUGGGGAGGCGCGGGUCCUUUGUGCCACAGAUGUUGCCGCCCGAGGCUUGGACAUUCCAAAGGUGGCGCAUGUGAUUAAUUUUGAUUUACCCACCUCCCCUGACGAGUUCGACGCGUACGUGCACCGCAUUGGCCGCACAGGGCGCGCUGGGAACACGGGCAUCUCCACCUCAUUCUACGUGCCUGGGCGCGACCCCAAGGUGGGCAAUGCUGGGAUUGCCGCUGAGUUGAUCAAGCUCUUCGGGGAAACCAAGAAUGAGGUUCCAGACUGGUUCUUCCAGCUACCAGAGGCCAAGAACGGAAAGAAAGGAGGAGGGGUAGCUGCUACAGCAGGCUCCACAGACAUCCGCUCCGAUCAGGCUGUGGCCAUACGGACACGCACUGGACCAGCGCCGAUUUCUGCGAGCGAUUCGGCUCGGUUGGACAGAGGUCUUUCCAAUGGCAACGAUGAGAGCAGCGCUGGCCGCGGAAAGGGCAGCAGCAAGGGUGGCAGCAAGGGUGGCAGCAAGAACAAGGGCGAUGACAAAGGCAGCGGCAAGGGCAGCGGCAAAAGCGGCCGCAAAGGCAGCGGCAAAGUCAGCGGCAAGAGCAGGGAUUGGUGAUCGCAUUCUCUUCCGCACAGCGUUGGUCGUGCGGCUGUCGUCCAAUAUUCUGUUCUGCAAGUAGCAGGUCGACCGGCUUCGGACCAGGUGCCCUCUGCCACAAGCAGUGGGCAUGAUGUGGUGGCCCGACAAUCAAGCACCGUAUGGAGUUACACGGCUUUGGAAGCAGAAGCAUGUGUAUCUUUCUGAAUUCACAUCGUGUCUUGGCGCCGCAUUGCAAGGCAGGUGAACACUGUCGGCGGCCGUCUCUUUCGCACCUCUUGGACUGAUGCCAGCUUGGCAAGAUAUGGCUUGGCAGUAGAAGUACAAGGGAUUCUGCGCGGCCCCUCUGGCAGCAUUGUUGUAGCCAUCCAUGGCGUCUGCAUGCCUCGCAACAAAAUGGAGGCAAAGAGUGUUGACAUCCCUAGAUGGGCACAGGUCUUCUGCCAAUGCAUGCAAGUGGCGUGUCCUAGUCGAGUCGAUGUUGGAACCCCAGCAGCGGCGAUCACGAGAAAGCAUGGUUGCCAGCGUGCACCCUACACCAUGCAUCAGUGCCCUCUGGGUCUGCACCAGAUGUGGUACAACCAGUGUGGUGUGCAGCAGCCGGUGUGGUUCAAGCUAUGGAGUUUGUAGCAAAUUAUGCAUACAUUUUGGGCAUGCUCUUCCGGCAGACCAAGGGGUUGCCGAUCAAUCACCAUUGUCUUCCGGCUUGUCACCUCGUGUUCACGGUUAUUCUGAAGCAGACUGGCCGCAUGCCUC